AUGGCUUCUCAAAUGGAUCAUCCCGUUGUCGACCUUCUCAAGUCGCUUAUGUCGAUUGUCAGCACUAGCGAGCUGGAACUCGAUAUUGGUCUCUUUUUGGAACAGCACCUCCAAGCCCUUGGAUACACGGUUGAGCGCAUUCCUAUUGCGCGAGGAUCUGAUCGUCACAAUGUCUACGCUUAUCUCGGUUCCUCACGCAAGACACGCAUUCUCGUCACAGCACACAUGGACACGGUUCCACCGCAUAUUCCACUGACCAUUGACGGUGACAUUAUCCGCGGAAGGGGGUCUUCUGAUGACCUAGGGCCACUAGCAGCUCAAAUUGUCGCUGUUGAAGAGCUGAGAAAGGAAGGAAAACUCAAAGAGGGAGAUGUUGGGCUAUUGUUCGUGGUUGGCGAGGAGAAUGGCGGGCAUGGAAUGAUUGCUGCCAAUGAUAUGGGUCUAACCUGGGAAUCUGGCAUCUUUGCUGAACCAACAGAGAGUAAACUUGCCAAAGGACACAAGGGACAAGUGGCAUUUGAAGUCAUUGCUAAGGGCUUCGCCUGUCAUUCCGGGUAUCCCCAUCUUGGAAAGAGCGCAACUUCUGCUCUUCUAGCUGUGCUCAACGACCUCUCUGCAGCAACUUGGCCGGAAUCUGAUCUCCUUGGUCCUUCUACAUUUAAUAUCGGAACCCUGGAAGGAGGCGAGAAGCACAAUAUCGUCGCCCCAUCCGCGAAAGCUCUCUGCGAAGUCCGCAUGGUCAAGGACCUGCCUGGUAUCAAGGUCAAGGUUGCAGACAUUGUAUCCAAGCACCCGGAUAUUGAGCUGAAAUGGGUCUUUGAGUACCCCGAGGCACUCCUUGACUGGGAAAUUGACGGCUUCGAGGCUGCGCCAGUGGCGUUUGGAACUGACGUACCUCGACUCAGGGAUGAGUUUUGUGAUAAGAGGGUUUUGUACGGGCCAGGAUCUAUCCUGGUAGCACAUGGACCGGAUGAGUUUAUUCGUGUGCCAGAGUUGAUUGAGAGCAUAUCUGGAUACAAGAAGUUGGUCCUUCACUUCCUCCAGUGA